AUGAAGGAUAAAGAGACGACCUCAAUAAAAUCUCUAUCACAAUCCACUCGUCCCUACCCCAGUACCCCUUGUCCUGCACUCCAAACCACCCAUUCGGGACCAAAGUAUUCCCCUCCGAAUACCCUCCCCGACAACGACGAUAUGGACCAAAUACCUAACUUCCUACCACCCCCACCAUCCCCAACAACUUCGCGAUCCCCCCCAGACACACCAACACAACCCAUGAGCGCGCCAGUUAGCCCAACAGCCCCACAUGCAACGACACCAGAAGAAGAAUCCAUCCUCGCUCACUUAGCCCUCGCGGAAAAGAAUAGAUCUGUUCUACGCCAAGAUGGCCCCAACCACUGA